GUAAAUGCAAUAACCAAGGAUUCAUAUUUUGUGUAACAGGAAAUUGCAAGGACUUUGGAUUAUGUUUGGAGUAAGUUGCCCUUUCAACAGCCUCUAUUUAGGAACUGCAUGCUCUUUGUUGUUGAUGACAUUAUGUAUAUACCAAAUUACAGUCCGAGUGAUUGAAUAAAGAAGAAUUUACAAAAGGAAACAACUGUUGUUUUUAAUAAUUUUAACUGCUGAUAUAUGUAUAUAUAAUUUUAGGAUAGCAUGAAUAAAAUAGUUUUUCUAAUCUUUACAAUGAAUAGAAAUCUCACAUUUGCUUAUUUCUUGUAUUUUUACUUUGAUUAAUGCUUUUUGAUUUUUCUAGUUUACUUUUUUACAAAGAAGGCGAUCGAUUUAAAUGUUUACAAUAAAAGCAAAACAAUAUUAGUGAGAGGUUGCACAUAUGGAUUGUUUGCUUUUUUUUCUAUAUUAUUGUUGAUAGAUAUAAUUGUUUACUACUUGAAGAAAGAAAAUUGUAGUUGUAUGUACAAAUAUCUUACAUAUAAGUCAUUACUCUAUUUGUGAUUAGAGCUGUAGAAUUAUUGGCAAGCAUCAUAUUCAUCAUAGGAGCUUAUUAUUUGAAUAAGAAGAUGAAUGCUUUGAUUAUUGAAUAAAUAAUGUUUACAAACAGAAUGACAGGUGUUGAGAAGAUGUAGUUCAUAAAAAUUAGGAAUAUUAAAUUGAAAUUUUGGUAGGAAUAUAAUAAAUAAUAAUAAAGGACUUUAGUUUGUGUUACUGCUUUUGGAUAAUUAAUUUAUUGGAGUGCUGAUUUAGUAUAUUUGAUUAAUUAUCGAGAAAACAAAAUAACAUAAUGUGAAUUAGCUGCAUAAGUAAAUUAGUUUCGAUUUUAUAUAGAAUAUAGUAUCGAAACCUUGGAUUGAUUUGUUGAUUUGUCUUUUUGGAUAUUUCUUGCCAUUAUUUUGCGCUGUAUAUUUGUUUUGGUUCAAAAAGAAAUAAGUUUAAUAUGUGGUAAGAAUGUCAUUCCGCUUAGAUAGAGGAAUCGUUAGAAGUAGAAAGUUUACCAGAACGAUACUAUCAUUAAUUGUUAAACAAAUCGAAUAGUUCGUUCUCAUCCUCAAAAAAAAAUUGAUAAAGC